AUGCCUCCUAGAUUGGGUUCGCCUGCCCGUUCGGAGAAUGAAUUUGACAUCAGCAGCGCAUUGUUCGGAGAAGACACCGAAAUUAAUCACGACAGCCCAGACAAACACAAUGGGGGCCUGCGAGGAGACGACGUGGAUAUCAUGGCGGAGGAAUCUGAGGUUGAUGAAGAGGCUAUUAUCGCCGCUCAACAAGCCGCAUCGAAUCGCAAAGGAGCCAAUCUGAAAGGGCGGACUGUGAAAAAAGGUGGUGGCUUUCAAGCCAUGGGCCUCAAUGCCAAUCUUCUGAAGGCCAUAACGAGGAAGGGUUUCUCUGUCCCUACGCCUAUUCAGCGCAAAACGAUACCUCUCCUACUCGGCGAAAAGGACGUGGUUGGUAUGGCACGAACCGGAUCUGGAAAGACCGCAGCCUUUGUCAUUCCCAUGAUUGAAAAGCUCAAGGCACACAGCACGAAAGUCGGAGCUAGGGCUUUGGUUCUGGCUCCAUCUAGGGAGCUGGCCUUGCAGACAUUAAAAGUGGUCAAGGAGCUAGGCAGGGGCACGGAUCUCCGGUCAAUCCUCCUUGUGGGAGGUGACAGCUUGGAGGACCAGUUUUCCGCCAUGUCCAACAACCCGGAUAUCAUCAUUGCCACCCCGGGCAGAUUUCUCCAUCUCAAAGUCGAAAUGAAUCUGGAUCUCCUGAACAUCAAAUAUGUUGUUUUCGACGAGGCUGAUCGACUCUUCGAAAUGGGAUUUGCAGCCCAACUAACAGAGAUUCUCCACGCCUUGCCUGCAUCACGUCAAACUUUGCUUUUUUCUGCUACUUUGCCAAAAUCAUUGGUUGAGUUCGCCAGAGCAGGAUUGCAGGAACCCAUGUUGGUCAGGCUUGAUGCAGACAGCAAGAUCUCUCCCGAUCUACAGAGUGCAUUCUUCACUUUGAAGUCAUCUGAGAAAGAAGGUGCCCUGCUUCAUAUCCUCCAAGAAAUCGUCCAAAUGCCUACCAGGUCCCAGUUAAUCACGUCAACCAUGGCUUCUCGCACGGCAGACAAAUCGAACAACAAGAAGAGGAAACACCAUGAAACAGAAGAGAACAGCAGCAACAUAUCUGGCCCCAAUCCAUAUUCAACCAUAGUUUUCACUGCCACGAAGCACCACGUUGAAUAUAUCGCAAGCUUACUCCGUCUAGCUGGCUACGCCGUCUCCUACGUCUACGGAUCGCUCGAUCAGACUGCCCGAAAAUCCCAGGUCCACGCUUUUCGAAGCAGUCAGACGAAUAUACUUGUCGUCACUGAUGUUGCAGCCCGGGGUAUCGAUAUUCCCGUAUUGGCAAACGUGAUUAACUAUGAUUUCCCCUCACAACCCAAAAUAUUUGUUCAUCGGGUGGGACGGACUGCUCGAGCGGGCCAGAGAGGCUGGAGCUACAGUCUUGUCAGAGACGCUGAUGCGCCAUACCUACUGGAUCUGCAACUCUUCCUCGGUCGGAAAUUGGUCCUUGGCCGAGCAGCAAGCAGUGAUAUCGUGAACUUCGCACAGGAUGUCGUGGUGGGUAGCUUUCGACGGGAGGAAAUCCAGACGAGUUGCGAAUGGGUGACAAAGACAUUAGAAAGCGAUUCCGAUCUUUCGACUCUCCGAAACGUGGCGUUGAAGGGCGAGAAGCUAUAUCAGCGUACCAGGAACUCUGCUUCCUCAGAAAGUGCGAAGAGGUCGAAAGUAAUUGUGUCGUCACCAUCGUGGUCAGAACUGCACUCCUUGUUCAAUGAUGAAACAGAUGACGUGGAAGUCGAAAGAGAGAAAAUGCUCGCACGAGUAGGCGGGUUCCGACCUCAAGAAUCGAUCUUUGAGAUUGGUGCUCGGCGUGGUGGGCGAAAGAAUAACGAGGAUGCGGUGGACGCAAUACGAAAGAUCCGAUCGGGCUUUGAGUGUAGGAAACAGAAGAUUGCAGAUGUGGUUCAAGCACGGACAGAAGUUGAUGAUGACGCCCUCGCCCAAAAUGGCAGUACGCACGGCCCAGUCGACGAAGACGCUGAGCCAGAUUCCAAUGAUGACCGAAACGACAUCGAUGGUAUGUCCGAAGCCUCUUUAACUGACCUGGAAAUCACCUUCUCUCAACCAUACUCAAAGAAAUCUAAACCAUCAAAAUCAUCGAAGGCCGGAUUGCGCAACACGGAUGAAGACUUUCGUGACCCUGAGAAUUUCAUGUCAUACCACCCCACCACUCACGAUCUUACUUCCGACCGCGCCUAUGGCGUUCAUUCUGGCUCUAACACCAAUGCCAGCGCUAGCUUUGUGGAAUCUGCACGUACAGCCACCAUGGAUCUCGGUGCGGAUGAAUCUUCUAAGACUUUUGGCGAGAAUAGAGGGAUUAUGCGGUGGGAUAAGAGGCAUAAAAAGUACGUGCGACGUGAUAAUGAUGAGGAUGGAUCGAAGACCGGCAAAAGGCUUGUAAAGGGCGAGUCUGGAGCCAAGAUUGCGGCGAGUUUUAGAAGCGGGCGUUUUGAAAGGUGGAUGAAGGCCAAUCGAAUGAGCAGGCUGGGGAGAAUUGGUGAGGAGGAGAAAACCUUCAACAUCAACACUGGCGGUUUAAGUGUUGGCGGUGCGAGGGGAAAGAAAUUCCAGCAUAGAUCGCAGAAGACACCGAAACAGCCGGAUAAGUUGAGAGGGGAUUAUGAGAAACAAGUGAAAAAGGUCAGGGGCGCGAAGGAGAGAGAAGAACAAUCAGCUGGCAAGGCUAAAGGAGAGCUGAGAAACGUGGACCGGAUAGUCAAGGAGAGGAGGUUGAAGGAGAAGAGAAGGGAGAAGAAUGCACGGCCGCGGCGACGAAAGGUCUGA